AUGACUACUACAACUGCAACUGCUUCAGGUUCUACUCCCCCAGGACCAUUAAUACUCCCUUAUCCCGGUACAAAACAUGCACCACCUAAAUUCAAGGGUGAAUUUACACAAGUUAAGAAGUUUAUCAAGCAAUAUGAGAAGCUUUACCUGUGUGAAAAUGUUAUCCAAUAUUGUUCAACUUAUGUCACUGACCUAAUUGAGGUCUUAGAAAGCUUUUUCAAUUAUAACUGGACACAACUCAAAGCUGAUCUAAUGAAUAACUUUGAUGCAGACCAUGAUACAAAGCGAUACAAACCAAAAGAUUUGAAUAAGAAACAAAUCAGAACACUAUCAGAAUGGAAGUGUUAUAUGCGUAAGUUCACCAUUAUUGGUGGAUGGCUCAAGACACACCAUAAAAUUAGCAGUAAUGAUCAUGCUACAUAUCUAUGGAAAGUGGAAGGAAGACUUAUUGCCAGAGACCCCUUAUGUGAUUGCACUAUCCCCUAUUCACCAACUGAAAUUGUAGCAGCUGUUACGACAAACGGUCGUGUGCGACUAGGAUAA